AAAAUAAUAACAUAUAUAAUUUGUAUUAAAUAAUUCCACCACAUUUUUUUUUUUUUUUUUUUGUAUAGUUUUUUAACCAAAAAAUAAAACAAUAACAUUUUUAAAUAAGAUAAAAAUUUAUUUUUAUCACUUUUUUUUCUAAUAACAAAUAUAAAAAUAGUUUUUUUAUUUAUUUUUAUUUUUUGUUUAAUUGGUCACAAUAUUAAUUUUUUUUUUUUUUUUGUUGGUUUUGAAUUUUUAGAAUUCAACAAUCAAAAUUUAUGAAUAUUUCUAUGAGUUACAGACACAGCACUAAUUCAGUGUACUCGCUGAACUCUCAUUUAAAUAUACCAAUUUCAACAUCAACAACUAUCCCUUCAAGUUUUUUAGCAUCAUCAUCUACUCCAGAAAUAAUUCCAACAAUAACAACAACAAACACAUCUAAUACAAUGUCUUCACCAUCCACAACAACAACUACCACUGAUAAUUCAGGAACACCAAAUUUAUUAAAGCUUUCAUCGACAAAUGCAAUUAUUAAUAAUUCAUCAUCACCAAAUUUAAGUAGUACCGAGGCAAUGGAGGUUGAUACAAUUGGGCCAUUGAAUGUCUCAAGUAAUCAUGCCAGAACAUUGGCAAUGCAUAAUACAAAAUCAUUAUCUACUUCUUCAAUAAAUCUUUUAAAUAUACCACCACCACAAUUAAAAUCAUCAGAAACAUUAAAUAUUAGUAAUUCUUCAUUACCAACUCAAGCUCAAGUCCAAUUACAACAAAUGCAACAGAUGCAACAACAACAAAUUCAUUCACUCCAACCACAAUUUAAAAAAGCAGCAAUUUCAAAUAAUAGUAAUAAUAAUCAUAAUAAUUCAUUUUCAUCAUCACUAAAUAGUUUAAAUAAUAGUAAUGGUAUAAAUUUAUCAAAUGUUAUCGAUUCAACACCAAUACAAACUACUACCAGCCCAUUUUCUUUUUCAUCAUCAUCAUUAUUUUCAAAUUCAUCAUCUAUGUCGAAUGGUAAUGGAUCAGCAUCAACUACUUCAACAUCAACUUCAACUUCAGCUAGUAAUAGUAUGUCUUCUUCACCACCAUCACUUUUAACCUCAUUAUCAUUGUUAGAUGAAGACAAGGAAAGAAUGAGGCAGGAAUUUGAAUUUAUUAAAAAACCAGAGUUGGGUACCUCAAGAAAAACACACAAACAUCAUCAAAGACAUUACAGCCACAACGAUUUAGAUAAUAGAAAACAUGAUGAAGAAAAGUUUUUUAGUGCGUUACAACCAAAUAAUUAUGGAAAAAAUAGAUACCACGAUGUUUUACCAAAUGAAUCAACUAGGGUUCGUUUGACUCCAAUAGAAAGCGGUGAUGGAGAUUACAUUAAUGCAAAUUAUAUUAAUGGCGAGGUACCAAAUUCCUAUAGAUAUUACAUUGCUUGUCAAGCACCACUACCUUCAACAGUCAAAGAUUUUUGGAGAAUGGUUUGGGAGGAAAGAUCAUCGGUAAUAGUUUGUUUAACAAAAUUAGAGGAAAAUGGUAAAAAGAAAGCAGAUGUCUAUUAUCCAGAGACUUCACAACAACCACAAGAGUAUGGAUCAUUUUGGGUGCAUUUACAUAAAAAAGUAAUGUUUAAAGAUAUUGGUGUCAGCUCACUUCAUCUUUAUAAAAAGGGAGAGGAAUUUCCAAGAGAGGUUGUCUUGUUGCAUUACGGCCAAUGGCCAGAUUGCGGUGCCCCACCAUCAUCGUCACAUAUCAGAACACUUUCAGUUAUGGUCAAUACAUUCAAACAAAGAGGUAAUGCCAAAAGCACCAACGGUCCAGUCAUCGUUCAUUGUUCUGCAGGCAUUGGACGUUCUGGUACAUUUAUUAGUAUCAAUAUCAACAUGGCUAAAAUUGAAAGAUAUUCCAACGAUCCAACACAAAUUAAUAUCUCUAUAAAGGAUUCUGUUUUAGAGUUAAGAAGACAACGUAAAGGUAUGGUUCAAACCCUCGACCAAUAUAUUUUCAUAUAUAAAGUAAUCAAUGAUGUCUUAAACGAUAUGGGCCUACGUUCUCUUGCAUCUCCUUCAAAAAGAAGAUCUUAUGAAAUAAUAAAGCCAAAUCCAAUGCCAAGAUUAGAUAUUUCAACACAACCACCUUUAACUUUUACACCAAAAGAUUUUCAAUCAACUAUAUCCCCAAGUACUGAUAUGGUCGCCUCUUUAUCAAUUAUAACCCAAAUGACACAAACCCUUAAAUUCCCACAACAACAAAAUCAAGAAAAUCCAUUUUCAAAAUCAUCCAUAAAAAUACCUUCACCAUUAAAUCAAAAUAGUAAAACAAAUAAACAGCAAACACAACCAUCAAAAACAUCCUUUCAUUUAGAACAAUCCCACAUUCAACCACCACCUUUAAAUAUGAGCAACAAUGGUAUUAAGUUGAAUCCAUUUGCCCCAACUAUGACAUCCCACUUAUUUCAACAAAAUCAAUUAAAUAGUAAUAGUAGUAAUAGUAAUAAUAACGAUAAUAAUAAUAACAAUAAUAAUAAUAAUAACGAAAAACAAUUACAACAAAAGGAUCAAUGUAAUGGGUUUUCAAUGCUCUCAAAUAAUCGAAAUAAUGAUAAUAACGGAGGCCCAUCGGGUGGUUUUAGUAAUGGAGGAGGCCAUUUUGUUUUUGGUAGUUCAACAAGUCAAAAUAAUAAUAGCAACAGUAGCAAUCAUAAUGGAAAAGAUAGCAACAAUAGCAAUAACAAAAAUAGUGGUGGUAACACAGAUAGCGAUAUUGCUACUACUACAACAAAUAAUGAUUCAAAUUGCGAGUCUCCAAGAGCGGCUCCAAUUAAAUGUUUUUAAUAUAUUAUAUUUAAUUUAAAUAAAAAAUAUCCAUUUGUAAAUAUUACCUCAGAUAAAAAAAUC